AUGUCCACUUCACGUACACAAGAAAUUAUUUGGUCUCCAAAUUCUAAAUCUAACCAAUUUUUAAUAGGCUCAAACAUCGACUUGAGGUUAUAUGAAUACGUGUCGAAUAAUCGAAAUGGUAAAACUGAUAUUAGGGUAUUAUCUGUGAGUCAUGAUAUCCCUUUAUUGAAGUGUUUUGCAUGGUCUCCUGAUCCAAAUUAUCAAAGUUUAAUCGCUGCUGGUUUAACAAGUGGAAAAACUAUACUUAUGAAUAUUUAUGAUGGAAAUGAGUUCGAUUCUAAUUCAACUACAUGUAACGUUGUUGCAUUUUCACCAUCAGAACCAAAAUUAUUGGCUACUGGCCUUGACAAAAUGAGAAAUGAACAUUCUUUGUUAAUUUGGGAUAUAGAACAAGCAAGAUAUACUACUAAUAUACCAUCAUCAAUGGAUAAUCAUAAUAAAUUAAACGAUGUAACGACAACAAAAUUCAUUCCUGAAACACCUAGUCGAGCAGGAAGUAUCAGUAAUUGGAGUGGAUACAAUGAUUCUGGAUAUGGUGUUGGGGGAUUAUCAAAUAGCAUGGAUGAUAAUUUUACCUAUGCUUUAGAAAAAACAAAGUCUGGUUAUUCUAUUUAUGAAACAACUUCAACUUUAAGAUCUUCAUCUGCAUCGUCAAGUCAAACUCGUAACGUUGAAGAGGUCAGACCUAUUAAUUUAUAUGGAAGUUCUGAAUCAGUCAAUUCUUGUUGCUGGUUUAUAGAUCCUCCAAAAAAAUUGGUAGCUGGAAUGGGAUUUAAAUUACUAAGAAUUUAUGAUUUAAGAUGUAAUACUGAAUCCGCCGUGGCUACACUGACAACAAAAGCUGUUUAUGGAAUAAAAUCUGAUCCUUUUAAUUAUCACAGAUUCGCUAGUUUCGAAGAUAAUUAUAUUUACAUAUGGGAUGAUAGAAAGGCUUCUGAUCCUAUAUCCUUUCUUAUUAAAUUUUUCAAUAUUUAUACGGAAUCUCGUCCAAAUCGUAUUAUUUUUUCCCCUAUACGUUCAGGUUUACUUGCAUCUGUAGAAAAGGAUUCACUUUGCUUAUCUUUAUACUAUAUUCAGGAAAGUACUUCAAAACAACAACUUUCUUCCUUACAAAACACACCAUCUAAUCGAAAUCACGAUGGUGGUGACAAUUUGAGUGAUGCAAAAUCUACAUUUGGUGGUAGCGAUGAUGAACUUGAGCCAUUGAUUUUAUUGAAAUCUAGAAAAACACAACGUUUGGCAAAACCAAUUUCCUCUUUUUCAUGGAUUCCAACACUUUCUACUUUAUCAUCUCAUCGUUUCUUAUCUAUAAACAAGGAUAAUUAUUUCGAUAUAAUUAAACUAGAAGAAAGUCCAGUGUUCGAUUGGGAGCCACGUGGUAAUUUAGCGGUAUUUGGUACCAAAGGUUUUAAAAUAUAUAAUGUUGAUCAAAGAAGCCACGAAUAUAAUUAUAAUAACGAUGAUAGUAAAGAUGAUAUUCACGAUAAUGGUGGUGGCGAUAAUCAACAUCAACAUCAUCUCAAAAAAUUGGCUUCAAAUAAAGAUUUAAAUUCAAAUAAUAACACUAUUUAUGGUCAUAAAACGCGUGUUUCUCUGGAUCUUAAAUUCGAUGACGAUGAAAAUGAUCUUGGAAGUAGAACACCUAGACCUGGUGAAAUUAAUGGUGGCGCUGGACAAUUAAAAGGAAUUAUAUUACAUCCAAAUAAUCGGAAUAACGAAAUUUUUUUUGAUCAUUCGGAUAAUGAAGGUGUCAAUGAUAUCCCAUCAAUUCUUAACUUAUUAGAUAAUGAUAUUUCGGUUAUUAUGCGUGGGAGAGCCAAAGAUGGGUAUUCUAUGACAGUAGGCAUUGAAAAAAUUUCAAAGGAAGGCAGAGUAUCAAUUGGAAAUAUUGAUUUUAGUUUUCAUGGCAUUCACUCGGUAUGGACAGCAUCUAUUAACAGUGGUGGUAGAAGGACUUCCCCGAUGUCCACUCCUAGAGCAUCUCCACCAAAACCAACAACAGAAAGACCAGAUCCAGUAAAUAUUGAUUAUGAUGAAAUUCCGAUUGUGUCUACUAUAAAGCCAUUGCAAAGAAAAUUAUGUUUAACAAUAUGUGGAUGGGGUUUUGGAGUGAAAGAAUUGGAAGAUACUCUUAGAAAGAUGGAACAUUUACACAAGUUUGAAAAGGCUGCUGCUUGGGCAUUGUUUCAUGGAAACACUGAGCGAGCAAUUAAGUCAUUAAAUAAUAGCGGCGAUGAACGAUUGAAAUUGGUUUCUACCGCACUUGCAGGAUAUACACUUAAUUUUAAUGAUAAGAAUUCACAUCGUGUAAGCCCACUUUGGCGUGAGAUGUGUAAGAAUCUUAGCAAUGAAUUAAAAGAACCAUACUUGCGUGCAAUGUUUUCAUAUAUUGCAACAGAGAAUUGGUUUGAAGUAUUAAAUGAGGAGGGACUUAGCUUACAAGAUAAGAUUGGAAUUGCACUUAGAUUUUUAGACGACGAUGAUUUUAGCAACUAUUUAAAUGAACUUACUACUAAGGCAGUAUCAAAUGGCGACAUUGAAGGAGUCUUGUUGACAGGUUUGAUUCCUGAAGGAGUUACAUUAUUUGGAAACUAUGUAGAUAAAACAGGUGAUAUACAGACAGCAAGUCUAGCUUUAAGUUUUUGUGUGCCUCGCAAAUUCAAGGAUCCUAGAGUCAAUAUUUGGGUAGAAAAAGCAAGGUUUGAUAUUGCACGUGGUAAACACAUGACUUCAGCUACUUCAUCGGCUGCUGAUAUUGUGCCCCCACAAGUAUAUGUUCGAUGUAAUGCUUGUGGUCAAAGUAUUGCUCAUGCUUUAUGGAUACCUGGUAUGAGACGUCUCACAUUAUCUAACUCCCCUCAUUCAGGUAUUGGUGGUAGCGAAAGAAAGUCAACAAGUUGCCCUGGAUGUCGUAGACCACUUCCCAGAUGUUCUAUAUGCUUAUUAAGUUUAGGAACUCCUACAGAUAGAUUAAGAGAUGCUAUAGAAACCAAGCAACAAAAUAAUUUUUCCAGCGAUAGUAAGUAA